GCGGAGGCAGCUGUCACUUCCUCCGCGUUUUUACGUCGCGCGCGCGGAUACACGCGCUCGCCGCCGCGCGCGCGGAACCGUGUCCCGGCGCGUCCUCGCGAUCCUCGCUGCGCCUCCUCGGUCCCAUCCUGACCACGUCGUGGAAGCAGACCGUCCGUCAGCGCCGGAUGCCCGUGCCCGUUCCGGAAGUAUACACCGAGUAUACGCGCGCCGCCGGAGAGCGCUUACGCAUUCUCUCGGCUCACGGGAAAUAUUCUACGGCGCGGAGGGGUGCGACACUGGCUGGGGGUAACGGUGCGAAAGGAGAGAGAGAGAGAAAGAGAGGGAGAGAGUGAGACCGAUGUGCUACGACAUGUGUCCGUGCUGAGGAUCGCAUCAUCCCCGACUGUGCCGACCUACGAGGGUACGAACCUCGAGGCAGAGGGUGAGACCGGUUCCACGAGAUAUAGGGGAAGAAACGGGAGGAGAAAGUUAGGCUAAAAAUUCUCCUCGUCCCCUCGCACCGAGGUUUUUCUCCUUUCGUCGUCUACGCGGGACCACCGAUGCAGACCUUACGGAAAAAAAACAGUCCGUGCAAGUUCAAGAAUGACCCAACCCGUUUUCUUGGGGAGGGCGUAUCGUUCAAGGCGAAACUCAUCGGUAUUCUCGAGGUAUCGGAAGCACGCGGUGACCGGAUGUGCCAGGCGGCCUUGGCUGACCUGAAGAUGGCGAUUCGCGCCGCCGGUGAACACAAGCAACGAAUCGCCGUUCAGGUCAGCAUAGACGGGCUUCGUUUGAGGGACGAGAAGACGGGGGACUGUCUGUACCAUCAUCCGGUGCAUAAAAUAUCGUUUAUCGCUCAAGACAUGAGCGACUCGAGAGCCUUCGGUUAUAUUUUCGGCUCGCCGGACACCGGACAUCGGUUCUUCGGCAUCAAGACUGAUAAAGCGGCAAGUCAGGUGGUGAUAGCGAUGCGAGACUUGUUCCAAGUAGUGUUCGAGCUGAAGAAGAAGGAAAUCGAGCUGGCGAAACAGCAUAUAGAGCAGAAUGCCAUUAACGCGAUUAAAUUCCACGCCAGCGGUAUUUUCGUUGAGCCAGCGCCUGAUACCAAAGGUGCAGCUGGCACCGAAUCCUCGUUUCAUCGACUUCGCACGAAUAAUUGCGAGGCCGACAAACCCGCCGAUCGUAAGAGCGAAUCCCAGAGCGGCGUGAUCGCGGAUUUGCUAGAUCUGCAAUUUGAAUUAAACUCGCUGCAGCAGGGCAUCCACCAGAUGGACAAAAUCACGCCGGAGAAUCCCGUGCCGUCUACCGACGAUCUAUUCGAGAGUGAUCCUUUCGGUGAUUCUUUCGCAAACAUGAAGCUUCAGGACACAGUUCGGCCGAUUUUACCACCGCCACCCUCGUCGACGAAAAGGGGACAUUUGGAGAGGCAACAUACCGUCCCAGUGCCACCUGUAUCGACUAGUUCUAGUCCGGCGACAACGAUGGUUAGUAAAACGCCGCCUCCGCAGAGUUCGGUUCACUGGUUCGACAAGGAGGCCGAGAAUCUCUUCAACGAUAACGAGCUGGUAAACUUGAAUAAGAAUGCAGCGGCGAAGAAAGAUCAGGAGGACAGCUCGACAGAAACUACACCUCGCAACACCCAGACGAAGAGUCCGCAGAUCGACGUUUUCACGGAGCUGGAUCCGCUGGGGACAGGUCUGAUCAAGCCUUACGUGGACAAGAAGGACUUCUUUCAACACCUGAAAAACCCGCCGAAGAAAGUUCUCAAAGAUCUAGUGUCUACGAAUUCGAGCGACAGCUUCCCGACGAACUUCAACGUCACUACCGAGUCUCUGGAGUCCACAAAGUCGCAAAAUGAAAUGUCGUCGAGGGACAGCGAGGACAGCAAUUUCGCCAACUUCGAUCGAUUCGACGAGAACGAGGCUAAUCAGUCGGCCUCCCAGCAGAGAAUCGAUUCGCCGCCGAAGAAGGAUGCGGCUGCGAAAUCGAUCCAUCAUCAGCCUCUCUCGGUAUCUCUGCCGCCGGAGGAGGUGACAACGACGACGACGACGACGACGUCUAAAGGAUCUACGACUGCUUCGGGAGGAAGCUCGGUUCUCCGCAGCAUGGACCGAGACUCCACGGAGUCGACGCAGGCUCUGGUAAAGUUACCGAGUCCCAAGAAGUAUUUGCAGUCCGUGCGAAAGAGGGAUUUCGACAUCGACCUGCCGGCCGGGAAGACUCAGUCCGUGGAGUCUAACAAAUUUCCGGUGGACUUCUCGGUGCCGAACGAGUCGCCGGCGUCGCCGCUUCGUUCCUGCUCGUCGGACGCGAAUUCUCGUCUGUCUAGUUCCAGCGCGGAGCUGGAUCUGGUGCCAGAACCGCCGCCCAGAGGCGCAGGAAGCAUCCUGAUCAAUCCACCGCCUUUACCGCCGAAGAAACAAAGCAUCCGUGGAGGUACGAGGCCGCCUCCUAGACCGCCGCACACAGAUGGACACUUUCAAUACGAUUUUCCGCAGCGCGAGGCCUCGCCGUCACCCACCAGAAUCAUCCGAGACAAGAACAAGAGUCCGAGGGACACGAAAGGCCAUCAGUUUGACGACAACUUCAGUCCGCCUCCGCAAAUGUCGGCCAGUUCGGAUUUUACAUCCACGACGACCACCGCUUCCGCUUUCGAGGACUCUUUCAGCACGAUGAUGCCAUCCACAACGUCGCUGAUGUCCGCGUCAUUCACCGGCAGUAUUCCCGCUUCGGUUUUGGAGUCCAAGAAGACGAAACCGUCGCUCGACAUCACGCUUAGCCAGUUGGCGUCGUCCCAGACGGAUUCGGAAAAGCUGGCCUCCAGUUUAGGAAUGACGGUUCAACAGCUGCAAAGUCUGACCCUGACGCAACUCAGUCAAUGCCUGGCGAGUCUGUCGACGAAGGAGACCGUCGCCGACGACGCGGAGGAGCCUGCGGAUCCGUCGGUGGCGAAGGAACAACCGACGGUUCCGCCAAAACCUGCGAUCUCGUCCUUGUCUUCGCUGGCGUCGAAAUCCCUCGAGACGCCCGGCCCGAAUUCGGCUUCUUUCACAACUUCGGAAUCCUUCAAGUCUAGUUACGAAUCGGAGUCGAAGCAGGAUUCUACGUACGAUAAAUACGCGGUUUUCAGAGAGCUGUUGGAAAUGGAACAGAUAGAGCUGAAGCAGGAGACGAGGGAGGAGAUGGCCGAGUUGGAAGAGGCGUCCAACGAAAGCGGACAAAUUAAUGGAGAAGAGAUCCAACCGGAAGUACGAACCAGCGACAGUACUUUGGAUUCGAUAGCUUCACUGGCGAGCUUGACUGUCAAAUUAUCGGCCAAAAGCGAGAACCUGUUGAAAGAGGAACUUAUAGCAAAGAUGGACAAGACGAUUAAUGCCCUCGCGAGUCUGACGGAGCAAAAACGAGCGCUAGAAGCCGAGGAUAAAGACGUCGAGAAGGAGGGCGAGAUAAUGGCGGACGCGGAUAUCACCUCCGAUUCGUCCACGGUUCAGCAGACGGAGAUAGACGUCGAGGAUGACGAGAAGACGCAAACCAUUAUGGAGGCGGAGGAGAAGGCGGAUAAUUCCGAAAAGGGAAGCGAUGCCAAUGGCACGUCGUCCGAUAAAGUCGGCUCGGACAUCCUGAAUGACGAGACCAACGGCUCGUCGGUCGCCGACAGAUCCUCGACGGAAGUCAAGUCCUCAGCAUCGACGUCGAGCGACCGAUACGCCGCGCUGCGCGAGAUUAUCGGCGAACCGGAACCGUCGCCGAUUCGAAAGGACGACGAGGAAAUGAUGAGCCCGGCCAGGACCUCCCCGGUGAUCCAGCCGAAGAGUCUAGCCGAGAUCGAGCUGCUGAAUCUGUUCUCGGAUAAUCUCCCGCCACCAUCCAGCCCGAAUAUCUCGGCCAAGAAGGAGUCGAUCGAUCUGAAGGCUGUGGCGAUGGAUAUCUUCGAGGAGAUCAAGAUGCUGAACACCGACAUGCAUCGCGUGAAGGAUACCAAGCCGGCGCCGGCUUCGUCUUCAGGCUUCGAGGACAUGUUCUGCCCGUUCUCGGAGACGUCGCGGUCGGACAAGGACGACAGCAAGGAGGACAGCAACUGGGCCAAGUUCGACACGGGCAUCUUCGGCUCCUCCGACAGAUCGUCCUGCGAGGGGCAACGAUCGAUAGGCGGCACGUCACCUUGGUCCCCGGACGGCAAGGACUUCCACAGGGACGUCCCGUUCAAGGGUAGCGGCGGGUAUCGGCAUUCUGGUGACAGCGACAACGAGUGGAAGGACGAGGAGGAGAGCGAGGAGAGCAACGGUAGAGGACGAGGAGACGGUAGGUUCUGGUCCGGCUCGCGUCACCCGAGAUACGACGCGCCGGGCUUCGAGGACAGAUCGUUUUACGAGGACGGAGAGAAGCGGGAUCGCAGCUUCCGCGACAGGAUGGGUAGAAAAUCGCGCGGCGCACCCUGGAGCAAAAGUAGCGGCGGGAGUCACCGGCCGCGCGAUUCGUCACCCUGGCACGAAGAGAGUCAGUGGGAGGACGACGGUCCGAGACGGUAUCCGCAUCGGAAGAUGCAGCCUUACAAGGACGACGAGGAGCAGUACGAGCACUGGAAAUGUCGGUCGAAGCCGCCGCCUCCGCCGCAACGGUGCACCUGGAGCCACGGAGACGCUCAUAGCUCGUACUACGACGACGAGCGCAAACGAAAACUGAUGCUGUGGAACGAGGAGGAUCGAUUCGGCAGUCAGGAGAGUAUGGGCUACGACGAAGAGGAUCGAUGGAGCAGGAGAAGGUACGAGAGGAGACGAUGGGAGGAGGACAGUAGAUUCUGGGGUAGAAGAGGACCUCCCGACGCCGACUAUCCCAUGAGAGAGGCGUAUUAUUACUAUCGCGAGAGCAGAGAGAGACCUCACGAUUACCCGUCCUGGGAGGAGGAGUACGGGUCCGAACGGCCGAGCGACGACUCGCCCAGGUACAAUCCAGCUGGUAGCAGAAAGAGACACUGGCCGAAGAGGCCCAACAGCGCGAACGACGGCCGUAACAGUGACAUGUUGUACCCGGACUCGCGGAAAUUCGGCGGCGCCUCCAGAUCCGAGUGCAGCGACAACGAUUCCGAUCCGUAUCUGCGGCCCUCGCAGCGCUCCAGGAGUCGCGAGAGCUACUGGGGCAGCGAUCAGGAGUACGACAGCUGGGUGGAGCGACCUUACUGGUCCGAGGGUCCGGACUCGAAGAGCGAGACGAUGCAUCGGAAGCGGAUAGCCAGGCACAAGACGCGACAGACCCAGAAGACGCAGAGCCCGUUCGAGGACGACUUCGCGCAGAGCGUCGAGCACGCGGAACCAUCUUCCGGAACCGGAUGUCCAGGUGUCCCGGAAUCCCUGGCACCGAUUGACGCGCGAAUACGACUGGAGAUGGGUGAACCAAAGCGAGAACCGCCGCCACCCGUGAGUCCCUCGUCUGGCAUCAGAGGGUCCAAGGAACACCCGAGACGGGAGUACGGGAAGAGAUCCAGCUACUUCGAGGACGAUCUCACGCCCACGGCGAGCGCGUCCAGCGACGCCUCCGACCGUCCGAGGCUGUCGUCCGAGUUCAAGGCCACGCCGGAGGAGCUGCCCUGCGACGCCGCGAAGGAUCCGCAGCAGCAGCCGGUCGACGGCUUCGUCUCGGAGGACAGCGGACGCGACUCCUUCUUCAACGGCGAUCUGAGAUUCGACGACGACGCCUUCGCCUUCAAGUCCGAGCUCGACGACAACGUGCCGGAUCAUCGCGCGACGACGUUGCCGCUGAAGAAUUCCAGGCAGGGCAAGUACGGGCCCGGGAACAACAACAAUAACAAUAAGGCCGCCAGGGGCGAUCAGUACAUACGGAAAUCGGAGUCGGUGAAUAUCUUCGCGAGGGAGAGCGAUCCGUUCGACGGCGACGACUUCUUCAACUGAUUCGUCGAAACGUGACGACGCUCGCUAAAAUCCCGCACUGAAUUCGGGGACAUCGGUGUGGACUAGAUAAUUGAAACUUGAACGUAUGCGUGUACACGUGUGUGAAAGAGAGAGAGAGAGAGAGAGAGGAGAGAGAGACUGGGACGGUUGUUGUGUCGCGUAUCUGGGAAGAAAAGGUGGAAAAUGGUGGAUCGCUAUAGCAAUACUUGGUUCUUGUCAGAACUCAGCUGUAGCAAUUUUAACAUAGCUUUGAACGCGACUGGAACGAAUAUGUGGAAGUAUAUCUUUUUUUGUUACGUUUGUUUUGUUACUGUGAAAUUCGUUCGAUUUAUUAUUAUCUCGUUCGCCGAGACGGAGAGAUCAGAGUUUAUUAAUGAUUGCAAUAUUUUUCUUGUAUAUUUUAUCUUCGAUUAAUUUUGCAUAUCUAAAUGUCCGCAUUUCUUGGCAGAUAUCGAUUUAUUCGAUCAUUUAAAAAUGCUAAAACACUCGAAAAUCAAUUGAUGAUUAAUCUUACGUUCAAAAAUUGUAAUAACGAAAUUACGCAACACAACCAUUCCACAAAGAAACUAGUCACUAUUCUAACGAAUCUGUAUAUAAUACUAUUGAUGUGUUUAGGAUUUGCUGAGACGAUGUGAGAAGAGAGAGAGAGAGAAAGAGAUAUAUCAGGAUGUGAUUUAAUACAACCGUGUAUCGCGUAAUCGCAUAAAUCAAUAAUUGUUAAUAUCGUGCGUAUUAUGUGAAUUUAUUUAUAUUUAUUAGCUCAUUUAUAUUUAUUGCGAAAAAAACGACGCGGUGAUUUUUCCGUCGUUUCGGAUUUGCAAGUGAGCAAUUUUGAUUUCAAUUGCCUUUUCGAAUGAACGAUUUUUAUCUAGUCACGUGUGCGUAACCGCGUUGCGUUUUGGGAAAGAGAAGAAAUAAAACGAUAGCGCGCGCGUUUUUUGGGGAGAAAUCAAAACAUGAUUUUUAUACAUUUUUAACUAGCACGGAUCGAUUACGUUACAUUAUAGAUGUUCGUACAUCAUCGACGACGACACGUAUCCUUCUGUGCGAGCUCCCCCCGAUUCGCUUUUCGGUUACGCUGCCGAAAAUUACCCUCGUUGAGAGACGUAAGGACAAUAGAAUUAUGUGUUAAAGACAAUUAUUAUUAAUUGCCUUGUGUUCGUCAUGCUUUUAGCGUCUGAUAUAUGUCUAAACAAUUUUAUGCACAUAUAAGAUCGGAUUGGCAAAAAGAAACAUUAUUAUUUUGUUGUAAAUGGAAGCUGUAAAUAUAAUUUAAUAUAA